CAUCCUCUAUUCUACACACGUCUACACCACGCAGUCAAUGGAUUACACCUUCUCUCUCCAAGUGCAACACCAGCUAACCGUGUACCCAACACAUUUAUACCAGGGCUACAGCUUAGAGAUACAGAUGAAGUCAACAGAGGUGGACCAGGGCCUUUUCACAAACAGUUACUGCAAAGUGUGCAGCGCUCAGCUCAUCUCAGAGUCACAGAGAGUUGCACAUUAUGAGAGCCGAAAACAUGCAAACAAAGUGCGUCUGUAUUACAUGCUGCACCCUGUAGAUGGAGGAUGUCCGGCUAAGAAGCUCAGAACAGAUGAUGGCAGUGAGGAUGGAGACGUGGACAAAAACAAGUGCUGUACACUGUGUAACAUGUCCUUCACUUCAGCGGUGGUAGCACAGUCUCAUUAUCAAGGCAAGAUCCACGCUAAGAGGCUCAAACUGCUGCUGGGGGAACAGCCUGCCAUAACAGCCAAAGAGGUGCCACCUAGUCCAGUGAAGACACCUUCAUCAGAAAGCUCACCUGUGAGCUCCACACAUCAGCACCGGGAUUCUGAUCGCUACUGUCAGCUGUGUAAUGCUUGGUUUAACAACCCUGGAAUGGCACAGCAACACUACGAUGGUAAAAAGCACAAGAAGAAUGCAGCACGAGCAGACCUGCUUGAACAACUGGGAAAAACUUUAGACAUGGGAGAGAUGAAAGGUCUUAAACGAUGCUGCACAUGUGAUGUCUGCAGUGUCACACUGAAUUCAGUGGCGCAGUAUCAUGCACACCUGCAGGGCUCCAAGCACCAAAACAACCUAAAAAAUCAGCUGUGUGUCCAGUGAGUCAUAAGAGAAGCACGAUGAUUGGAUUGAUGUCAUACAAGCUGUGAUCAGCUUGCACAGGAUUUUCUGCCUCUAUUCUUUCCAUGCUCACUCUCUCUCUCUCUCUCUUCGUCCAUCUCAUUUUUCUGUCUUACUCUCAACUUGACUGCAAAAGAAGAUUGAAUAUCCUCUUAAAGUUUGCCUUUAUCAUCCCCAAACUCUCUGGCUCUACCUCCCAGCCUCUUCUUCAUCAUGACUCAACGCAGCCAUCAUGCCUUGACACUCUGGAGGAGAGAUGGCUUCCUCCAGUGACACUCUUGUAAUUCCCUCACCAUAAUUUUAUAUAUCUAAGCUCAGUCAGUUGUUGUGUGCAUGACUGAAUACGGUAGUUGUGGUCACUUUCUAAGAUAAGCAAUAUCUGUCUAAAAAUAUGCCAAAUUAAUAAAUAGUUAAUAGAAAAUUGUAACAAAAACUGUCAUAAAAAGAGAAUGCAAUCUAUAGAAAAUUUUGUCCACAUUCACUUUUAUGUCUCAUGUUUUAUGUAGUAUUUAUUUUUUCUGUGUGCAAAAAAUACAUGUUUUACUGGAAUAUAAUGUGUUUUUGGGCCUUACAGGAAUUUGGGCAUUUUGGGCAGGGUGCUACAAAAUUAAAAUGUUCUUGAUUUGUUUUUUAAUGUAUGUAUGUGUGACCUGUAGAUAGCUUGUUUAAGAGUGUUUGAUGAAUGGGCAUUUGAGAUUAUUUGUAAAAAAGUGAACUCAUUUUAUGGGGUGGCUGGGUAUUUAUUUUUUUUUUUAUAGAUUUGAUUGGGGUUACAUUAUACAACAAGUCUUAUAGUGUACUCUUUAGUAUAUGAUAAAAAAAAAAAACAGAUGAAGCAGCUAUCCCCUCAUAUGGUUGUCUGACAUAUUUUACAAUAUGUUGUACAUGUUUCCUUUUACAUGUGAAAACAGGUUAGAAUGUACAUACAAAAUUACUGUUAUUGUUGGUCUUUGAUCAUAUUCUAAUAUUUAAAAUUACUAGUGUUUUAGAAGAUAUAUUAGAUAUAUUUAUUAAAUUGUCAUUAAUGAGCUGCGAAACCAUGUAUGUUCUGAAGCGUUUACAUUUGCAUCAAAUACAUUUUCUUUUUCUAAAUUUUUUUCUAAAAAGAGACAAAAAAGUGACAAUGGUAGUGAAAUUUACUUUAAAAUCAAUGAAUUAAUUUAUGACUUUUUAUUUUACUCUUGAUAGAAAGAUGUCAAUGUUUAUUACUUGGUACAAUCAAGAAAUAACAAAAUCUAUAAUAGUAUUGGAAAUAGACAUGAAGAAACUCCUUACUUUUGAUCUAGAGAUCUUCUAUAAAGAUUACUCAUUGAAGCAUGGCAGGAUUUAAUCUGACAGAAUGUUAAUAAAGAUUUUAAUAUUAACAAACAACAAUUCAGUGCACAAAUAAUUAUCACCUCUCUGUCAUUAAGAUCGAGGAUGCAUUUUAUGCAUUUGUUGCAUUGGAACUAGUGUGUGUUCUUUUUAA